UAUUAAACUUCCCACGCAUGUGCACGGUUUUAUUCAACCCCAACAUCUGCAAGGAAAUGUCAGCGUUUAAAUCAGAAACCAGAAAAUGGGUUGAAAAAUCAGUUUCAGCUCAGUGUUUUUAGACGCCUGCAGCACCCAGAAGUGAACAGCAGGCGACCCGGAAGGUUUGAAGUCCGACUGAGAGCAGGCAGAGAGAAGAGUCUAAUCCUUUAUUAAAUAGCUAUUUCUUCCCUCGCUGGUUCAGGAUGGCUGAACCUCUCUUUAACAAUCCCUAUUUUUGGCCUCCACCUUCCACUAUGCCCGGCCAGCUGGAUAACCUAGUCUUGAUUAAUAAAAUCAAGGAGCAGCUGAUGGCAGAGAAGAUCAGACCUCCACAUCUGCCUGCUGCCUCAGCCCCUUCCCAACAGCAAUUACUGGCUCCCCCCAUCCAGUCUGAUGGUGGCCAGCACGGGAUGUCCAAAACUCACCAGAUGCCGGUUCUCCAUAGCCCGUCUCAGCCAGAUAUCGCCCUGCACGCCCGCCCCGCCUCCAGCUCUGUCACAGGUCGGAUUCUGGGGGAUGUAAACUUGAAUCUGGACGAUAAGGCAGCUAUAAAAGCCAGAGGAUUAUGGGAAGACUGGCAUCUGCGUCAACUUAUAGACCAUCCCUCCAGGACGAACCACGUCUCAGGUGUUGCGCUGGCAUCCAGAACAGGCAACCUCAACACCUCAGAGAUCAUCACCCCCACCACGCCCACCUCGAGCAGCCACAGCCGGCUGGGCCGAGCCCCCACACCUCACCUCAUCUCAGGGUUAGCCUGCAGCCACGGGAUGGAGCCUGGGAAAAACAACGGGGGCCUCGUCGGACUCCUCGGCCCUCCUCCAAAGGAAGAACGGGGGCGUAAGAGGAUCAAAGCAGAGAACGGGUCGUCUCUUUUGGUGGUACCCUACCCGAUCCUAGCCUCAGGCAACGACCAGUCCUGUGUCACCAUCACUGCCAAACAGGGAAAAACCUACAGGUGUAAAGUUUGUCCGCUGACCUUCUUCUCCAAGUCAGACAUGCAGAUCCACUCCAAAACACACACAGAGAUGAAGGCUCACAAGUGUCCUCACUGCACUAAGUCCUUUACAAACGCAUCAUACUUGGCCCAGCACCUGCGCAUACACCUGGGCGUCAAACCCUACCGCUGCUCCUACUGCGAGAAAUGUUUCCGCCAGCUCUCCCAUCUGCAGCAGCACACCAGAAUCCACACAGGCGAUCGGCCGUACAAAUGCGGCCAUCCAGGAUGUGAAAAAGCUUUUACUCAGCUAUCUAAUCUGCAGUCCCACCAGAGGCAGCACAACAAGGACAAGCCCUUCAAAUGUUCCAACUGUUACCGUGCCUAUUCAGACUCUGCCUCGCUGCAGAUCCACCUGUCUGCACACGCCAUCAAAAACGCCAAGGCCUACUGCUGCAGCAUGUGCGGCCGGGCAUACACGUCGGAGACGUACCUUAUGAAACACAUGUCUAAACACACAAUGGUGGAACAUGUGGUGUCCCAUCAUUCCCCCCAGCACAGGACAGAGUCUCCUACCAUACCUAUACGGAUCUCCCUCAUCUGAGCUGAUCUCCUGUCCUUCCAUCAGAGACGUUUCCUGUGAUAUCUGCGCUCUUCUGAUGGACUUUGAACCCAUAAAUGGGAUCCAAAAAUGUGCCAGAUUGUACAAGUAUCUUGUGAAGAGGUGCUCUUUUAUUGAGUAUAUCCUCCUUUCCUUUCUUGCUGACCAGAUAGUAUUAUCGGGGACAUCCAAAGAUGACUUCUCAGCACUUUCAGGCCUGGAAAUGACAGGCCUAAAAAUGUCUUUUUCUAUUUGACUUCACAGAAAAAAUACAAAGUAAGUAUUGCUCCGGGCAGCUACAGUACAUAGAAAGUCUUUUUAAACCUUUUUGUGUUAUAACAAGAUUACAUUGUCUUUUUUAAAUGGUCCAUAACUUUCUUUAAUCAAGUCUUUGCAAAAAAAUAAUAUUUGCAUCAGAAAUAGUCUUCCGUUAGCUGAGUGGCCAAGUGAACAUAAAGGUGAAUGCUUAUAUAAUGUGUAUUCAUGUAAAUUGUGCCACUUUUUAUGUCAGUGUUUGCAAUCUUUCACCAAUCAUGUGGCCAUUACACACUCUCACCCUGUUGCCAACAUCGGACUGACUAGGAUGUGUGACUCAUAAUGGAUGGAUGGUUGGAUAUAUUUUAUUUUACAUAUAUUUUGUAAUGUUUAAAAAUAUGCUCAAAGCUGUCCUCAAGUUUAACCUGGUCAAGUUUACAAAGUGCUUUAGAUCUCCUAAAAUAUAAGAACUGUUAAAAGGUGUUUGAUAAAAAGACACUAAAAACCACAUAAAAUCUGAUUUGAAUCUUUAAUUGAUGCAAUGAAUGUGAGAGAUUCUGCUUUCAAGUGCUGUUAAGUACAGGAAGUGAAUUGAAAAUGUGUUUUUGUAAAAGUCAAAACCCCCUGAAAAUAUAAUAAUGUAUAUGCAUUUAUUUUGCCAAAUUUGCCACAAUAUUUAUAAUUAUGAUGUUCAUAUUAAAUUGAAUCAUGCACUCAGUGCUUUUUUUGUCCACGUUGAGUGUGGAAAUGAAUAAACGUUACACCACCA